AUGUCGGGCCGUCUCACCAUCCCCAAGAUCUUCAUGGCCGGCGGUGCCGUUGGCUUCACCUACUACAUGUUCAUGCGACAGUAUUGGUUCCCGAAUCCCUACAAGACGAGAGAGGUGCAGAAUAUUGAGGAUCGUUUCACCGCCGGUGGAGGCACCCCCUACUCGACACCUGCGGCAGGCACACCGCGUGGCGACCCCAAAGACACUACGUUGAGGCAAACGAGCGAACACAAGGGCCCGCAAACUGAUCACUUCAAGGAGAACUUCUCGAGCCAAAAGAAUACGAGUGUGUGGCCGGACAAGUUCUACGAGACGCAUUCGGGCAACGCCAAGGGAAAAUAG